ACUAUUGGAGCGCAGCUUCAAAGUACGCCGUGAGAUCCGUGAGCGGACUUGAUUCGCUGUGCAUUAUGGGCACGAUCACGACACGAGCUCCUCCCCACGUGUCUGUGCGAAGUCAACUUGGUACCACCAGCAAUGGACUUCAACUGUGUUAGCUGCAGGUAGCCAGUCCCCCUUUAGAGUCCAAUCUCAGUUUACUCAUGAGAUAGCAAAACCCCCCAAAACAAAACAGCAACUGUACGACGUCGUCAGCAGGUGGAGUGUCUUAAGCUCUACUGCCUGCCCUCCCCUGUGACAUCUUCCAUAUCCCUACCUUCCUUUUCACUCUGCCUCUCUCAAUAUGGCCAGUGGGGAUGAAGAUGACCCCAUUAUAGACGAGAUUGACGUGUAUCUGGCUAAAAGUCUUGCAGACAAGUUGUAUCUGUUCCAGUACCCUGUUCGACCAUCAACCAUGACCUAUGAUGACGUGACUCAUCUAUCUGCCAGGAUCAAACCUAAGCAGCAAAAGGUGGAGUUGGAACUGGCUAUCAACACUAUGAGCCCCAACUACUGUCGCAGUAAGGGAGAACAAAUUGCUCUCAAUGUGGAUGGUACAUCCUAUGAUGAAACCAGCACCUAUUCAGUGAAGAUGAUGGACAAACAAAUGUUCUCAUCCAUUCAGGCCACCACCAACACCUCAAGAUAUGCUGCUGCAGUGUUUCGUAAAGGGGAGCUCCAUGUCACACCUCUGCAGGGAAUCCUUCAGAUGAGGCCCAGCUUCACCUACCUGGACAAGGCUGAUGGCAAGCAUAAAGAGAGGGAGGCAGGCAAUGAGGGAGGAGAUUCCUCACAAGAUGAAGCUGAGGAUGAUGUGAAGGCUAUCACUGUUAGGUUUUCUCGUCCCGAGUCAGAGCAUGCUCGGCAGAGAAGGAUUCAGUCCUAUGAGUUCCUCCAGAAGAAGCAGGCGGAGGAGCCCUGGGUUCACCUGCAAUACCAUGGUGUCAAGGAUGGUCGGUCAGAGCACGAGAAGCAAUACCUGUUCUGUCAGUCAAUGGAUGCCACAGAAAACCCUGAACUGGUUAAAACUCCAAAGGAGUAUCUGGCAAUGCUCAUGCCUCCUCUGGCAGAGGAAAAAGUUGUGAAGCCUGUUGGCCCCAGUAAUGUACUUUCAAUGGCUCAGCUCCGCACCUUGCCACUGGCUGAACAAGUCAAGACCCUGAUGAAAAAUGUCAAGGUGAUACCUUUUGCCAACUUGAUGGGUCUGCUAGCUUCUGGCACUGACUCUACUUCAGUGCUGCGCUGCAUCCAACAGGUGGCGCUACUUGUUCAGGGAAACUGGGUUGUCAAGAGUGAUGUUCUGUAUCCUAAAAACAGCUUCAGUCCCCACAGCGGUGUCCCUGCUGAAGUGCUGUGUCGGGGCAGGGACUUUGUGAUGUGGAGGUUCACCCUGGAGCGUUCUGUGAUGAGAAGAGAGAUUGCCGCCAUCAUUAAGCUUCCUCCAGAGGAUGUGAAGGAGUUCCUGGAGCAUGUAGCAGUGCCACGCAUCAACCGCGGCUGGGAGUUCCUCUUGCCUAGUGAUGUUGACUUCAUUAAGAAACACCCAGAUGUGGCCCACAGGCAACACAUGCUGUGGCUCGGCAUUCAGACCAAGUUGGAAAAGGUCUUUAACUUCUCUAAAGAGGAUUUCAUGCCAAAGGAUGCUCCACAGCCAGCACCUGUCCACAUCAGCGGGGAGCAGCGUCUAAGGACAGCCCAAGAGCGUGCCCAGGAAAACCAGUCGUCACUACAAAAGGACCUAAAUGCCAGAAAACAGAGUACACAGACAGGAAACAUUGUCCAUUUCAAACAGGAACCGGUCAGCCACAUGGAAGAUGAACCGAUGGAUACAGACUUCCCUUCCUCUUCCUCAGUCCCUAAUGGUUGUGUCAACGGAUACCCCAGUGCCAUUUCCCCCGCUGCUGAUCACACUAACCGUAACGGCGGGAGCCCAGUUACCUCUCCCUCUCCGGAGCUCCGGGACUUUGUGUCAAAGACUUUCAAGAAACAUAUUGUACUCACGCUCAGUGAGCUUAAGAGGCUGUUCAACCUCCACCUGGCCUCCUUACCGACUGGACACAACCUCUUCCACUCCAUCUCAGACCGCCUGCUUCAGGACACCAUACUGCUUUGCCAGUGUAAACAGAUACUGGUGCCUUUUCCCGCCCAGACCACAGCGGCCGCUGAUGAACAGAAAGUGUUUGGUUUGUGCGAGACGGGAGAGACGUUUGACAAGCACCGUCGGCUGCUAUAUGACGUGUUUACCAAGAACUACCGGGUGAGGAGGAGCGUGGUGCAGUCUAGACUGACCCAAGAGUUUGGGGAUAAUGUCACCAAGGCAGAAAUUGACCGGCUGCUUAAGGAGUGUUGCAGCAGCAACGGUGGGAUGUGGUACCUCAAGGGAACGUUCCAGUCCUGACACGGAGAGAGAGCACACCCGCUUGUUGUCGUCAUCAUCAGCCGGUCCAAUUGUCUCCCCAGAGCCUAAUGGAGGGGGGAGGGGGGCUCCGCAAUGGAAGGCAAAGCAAAGAGACAAGAGCCAGUCAUAGCUCCCCCGGCUCUCAGGGCAGAAGAAUGGAGGACAAAGAUGUGAGUCAUCUGGUCAGCUCAGAACAUAAAAGCUUUUCCUAAUUUAACUGAAAUCAUCCCGACCUUUCUAAGUGUUCUGGUAUGAGCUUGGUGUCGAGUUAUUUCUGACAUACUCGCACUAAGAGCUUGAGUACAAGAUGUCGUACAAAAACUGUGGGGGGGGUGACUUUUCGAGAGAUAAGUUUGAGUCGGUGCCCUGGUGUUUGAUUAGUUUUUGGUUAAACUUGUUUUACCUGAAUGAAGAUGUGUUCACUAUUGAAAAUGACUGAAGUCCAGCAUCAUUUGAUCUUUUUCCCCCUGAUUUGUUGCCUUUGCAAGAAGAAAAUGUUUUUCUCCCUUGUUUUUCUGUAUCCCCUCACCCACAAAACAAGCAUGGAGUAAGGCCUUAUUGCUUAUUAAAAGAGGAAACAUUUUUUAUAGCCAUUUUUAAUUCUUUGAUUUAGAUCUGAAAUGAUCGCUGACUAUGUUUACGCCACCUCAGACUACACAAAGGGAAAAUAAGUUUAUCUACUAUUUUGCUGGCUGUACUCCGUUAUAUACAGGAUCCGGUGUGCUUGGAUUUAAAAAAAUAAAUAAAUAAAAUGGUGGCAGUGGAGAAGGGCUCAAUCUUUUGAAGGAAAGCCAGGUUUCCCAAGUAUAAUGGUGCUGUUCCCAUAGAUGCUGUCGAUGAACAAGCAAAUCGUUCUGUUUCGAUGCCAAUUCAGAAGACCACAUAUGAGUCAAAGUGUAGAAAAGCUCCCUUUGCAGUUUGUAUUGCGAUAAAUGCGAACAUGGCAAUGGGUGCAAAAUUUCUCGAUACUUGCUGCUCAUCCUGAAACCCUUAACUGUUGCAUCAUUAUCACAUCAUGGAAACAUACUGACAGAAUAUGAAAAUGUUGAUUAAAAUGGUUUGAGUUAGGGAUUGUGCCUGCAGUUUCUGAAUUUCAGUCUCUGCUGAUUUGCAGAUAUGUAAGAAACCUGAGUGUGAAUUAAUUUGAUAACCAAUAAAAUGCAUUUUAAAUAAAGAUGUUGCAAUACUCCACUGAACAAUGUCACUGUUCAUGAGUAUGAAGGGAUCCAAUCUAUUGAUGUAACAUGAGGGCAAAGUAGAAAAUAUCGCCAGCUCUGUGACAAUCAUUACAUCUGGUGAGCUGUAGAUUAUGGUCCAGCAUGAACACUGCACAGUCGACUGUUAUUCUCUUUCAGUGUUGUAUUCUGUAAAUUGUGUACACACAACAUCCAUUGCACGUUGUCCGUCUAGGGAGAGAGAUCCUUCCCCUGUUGUUCUCCCCGAGGUUUCUUUGGUAUUUUUCUCCCUGUUAAAGGCUUUUUUUAGGAAGUUGUCCCUUAUCCGAUACAAGGGUCUAAGGACAGGAUGUUGUGUUGCUGUAAAGCCCCUUGAGGCAAAUUUGUGAUAUUGGGCUAUACAAAUAAAAUUGACCUGAGUGAAGGCGGCACGGUGGCGCAGUGGUUAGCGUGGUCGCCUCACAGCAAGGAGGUCCUGGGUUCGAUUCCCCAGGGUAGUCCAACCUUGGGGGUCAUCUGGGUCGUCCUCUGUGUGGAGUUUGCAUGUUCUCCCCGUGUUUGCAUGGGUUUCCUCUGGGUGCUCCGGUUUCCUCCCACAGUCCAAAGACAUGCAGGUCAGGUGAAUCGGAUGCGCUAAAUUGUCCCUAGGUGUGAAUGUGUGUCGGCCCUGUGAUGGCCUGGCGGCCCGUCCAGGGUGUCUCCCUGCCUGCCGCCCAAUGACUGCUGGGAUAGGCUUCAGCAUCCCCGCGACCCUGGCUAAGGAUAAGCGGUUUGGAUAAUGGAUGACUUGAGUGAGCAAUACAAAUGCUCUGCUGUGUCAAGUGAUGCUGCUAUUUUACUGUAAGCCUCCAAUUAAGUGCCUCGGCCUUGCAAGGUAUUCAGGAGAAACCCCCAUUCGUUUCAGCAAUUGCAGGAAGAAAAAAAAAAAAGAAAACAUUGUUUCCCCCCACCGUCACCCACUCAAUAUGGUUUCUCAUUAUUAAAAAUGUCCAAGUGUUUUCACUGCUAGUAAAAUAGUCAAAUCAUUCCAUAUUUCAGGUUGUGUAGGUUAAUAAUCUGCAAUUAUUACCGCAAAGACUCACAUUUAUUUCCAAUUGGUUUGUUGUAUAUCGGUCAAUAAA